CUGCGACAGAGAGAAGGGAGAAUGGGAAACGAGAAGCUGAGAGGAGCACACGAAUAGUUUGUGUGUGUCUUGGAAGUCCGUGCGAAGUGAACUGGCCUUCCCAGCAAGAGAUCUCGCCUCGCUCCCUCCAUUGUUCCUCUCUGGCCAUCAUGCCUGGACUGAUGACUGGACCUGAGGUCACUUGGCCGUCUGUUGACUGGACUCGUGUGGACGAGGACUAUCUGAAGAAGCGGCACCGCACCUACCUCAGCGUCCUGUUCGACAGCACCUACUGGGAUGACUGGACGCCUCGCGACACCGACGUGAUUGUCUGUACGGCUUACAAGGUACCCACGUGAGCAGAUCUGGCAUCACCCGGUUCGAGUCACUCACUCGGUCUGCUCUCGUCUGUCUGUCUGUCUGUCUGUCCGCCAGAGUGGCACCACGUGGAUGCAGCAGAUAGUCUGCCAGCUGCUAUUCAACGGUGGGGAUAUCCCCGGUGGCAAGGCUAUGCACGAGAUCAGCCCGUGGGUUGACUUCAGAGCGGAUGGGCCACGAGAGGUCAAGAUGGCAGCCCUAGAGGCGCAGACCCAUCCUAGGUGCCUCAAGACACACCUUCCCUCGGACGCACUGCCCAUCCAGCCACAGGUCGGCUACUCACGCGGGGAUGGGUCGGUAAGAUGAUACGUGCUCUUCUCGUCGUGUGCUUGCGGUGGAUGCAGUGUAAGUACAUCUACGUGGCGCGGGAUGGCCGGGACGCCUUCAUGUCGAUGCUUAAGUGAGCUCAACAGAGCCAAAGACGCAGCACAGGCAAAGGAGAACCCAUAUUUCUGUGCGUGUCUGCGUAUGGCUGCAGUCACUGGAAAAAUACUAACGAUGAGACUCGUGACAGCUUCGACGCGCUUGCUGACCGCGUUGGGCCUCGUUGGGUCCACUGGAGGGAUCUGAAGGACAUGAACGACUCCAAAGCGUACGGAGGGAGGGAGGAAAGGAGGGGGGGAUACACAGACACCCCGGUCCAUCUAUCUAUCUUGCUUGUUUUCCUUCAGUUUCGACAUGUGGCUGUCACAGGGCUGGCCCUGCUACCCCUGGUAGGACCUAGCACGGCACGGCGCGGCCCACGGAACACAGCACUCAGUCUGCGUGUGGGUGUGGUCGGCGCAGGGAGAGGGACGGCUGGCCGUGGUGGUCGCUGUUCACCAACGUCGAAUCGUUUUGGCACCUGCGAGGCCUGCCCAACGUGCUGUUCGUGCACUUCAACAACCUCAAGAAGGACCUCCCAGGAGAGAUGCGACGAGUGGCGGCCUUCCUUGGCAUCCCCAUCGAUGAGACCGUCUUCGAGAAACAGGUACGAUAGAUGCCACACACACAUACACACGUCUUCCAGCUGUGCCGCGGUUGACCUGUGUCAAAAGUGUCUGUCUGUGUGCUAUGUAUGUUGUGUGUAGGUUGAGCACUGCACGUUUGAGUACAUGAGGGAGUAUGCCCACCUCUUCGCCCCAGCUGGCGGGUCGUUGUGGGAGGGAGGAGCACGAGUCUUCUUCCACAAGGUAGGGGCGAUUUUGCGCUUCACACAAGGGCCAACCAAACACCGCUCUCUCCCUCUUUGUGUGUGUGCUUGCAGGGCACCAACAAUCGCUGGCAGGAUGUCUUGACGCCCGAGCAGCUCAGCAGGUACGAGGCCAAGGCAGCGAAUCUGCCCCCCGGCUGCGCACACUGGCUGGCCACGGGCGACUUCGCCGACAAGGACGAUAUCGGCAGGAAGCCACUCACUGUCGAUAGCGAGGUCAACUGAACCCGGCCGACGGUGGAGCUUCUGACGGCACAAGUGUCUGCCUGCGUCAGACACUUACACCAACACAAUGGAGGGAGGGCGAAGAGAGAGUCCACUCAUCAGCGCCUCAGCAUGGGAUGGGUGACGAGGGAGAGAGGGAGCGAGUUGGUCGGUCGGUCAAGUGUGUGUGAUGUGUUUCCUCAGUCAAUGAGUAUGACACUGGUGUAGAAUCAUCACUUCCUGGCGUGGCGUCUGUCUGUCUGUCUGUCUGUCUGUCGGUGUGUGAGUGCCACCUUGUUAAUAUCCUUACAUGCAUGCAUGUCUUCGUUCCUUCUGCACUUUGUGUGGUAUGCAUGGGCAGAGCGAUUCUGAGGUGCGACCGCUUUAUGCGGACGGACAUGGCCAGACAUUCCUG